ACCGCGCAUUCUAAACAUUUACUAGAUUCAAUCCAUUACUGCUUGAAACGCAAAUCUUCGAGCCUUAGCGACUGCAGUUGAACUAUAUUUGUGUUUCUGUAGGAGAUAGGUGCACUACCAUGGCUGUAUACGAUGCUUCACAGCUCGAGAAAAUGAAGGAGACUUUUACUAUUGGCAUUAUCGGUCUCGGUGAUAUGGGCCGUUUGUAUGCCAAUGUAAUUAGUAAAGCUGGUUGGAAGGUUAACGCUUGUGAUACUCCGGACAAGACAGAAGAACUGAAAAAGGAGUUUGCACCAACUUCUAUAUGUAUUAUGGACGAUGGUUUUGCGGUGUCCCGUGCAAGCGAUUACAUUAUUUACAGUGUUGAAGCUGAAAAAAUUGACGCUGUUGUUGGAAAGUAUGGGCCAGCUACUAAAAUGGGUGCUAUCGUUGGAGGUCAAACAUCUUGCAAGACCCCGGAGAUUGCUGCUUUUGAAAAAUAUUUGCCUGAAGACGUUCAAAUUAUAUCCUGUCAUUCUUUACAUGGUCCAGCUGUUAAUCCCAAAUCGCAGCCUCUCAUUAUUAUUCGACACCGAGCUUCUGAUGAAGCCUUCGCGGUUGUCAACUACAUGUUCCAAUGCUUUGGUUCGUCUCUAGCUUACCUGAGUGCUGGUGAACAUGACCGUAUAACAGCCGAUACGCAAGCGGUGACGCAUGCUGCUUUUCUUACAAUGGGCGCCGCUUGGCAUUCUAAUCAACAAUAUCCAUGGGAAAUUAACCGCUGGUGUGGUGGAAUUGAAAAUAUCAAGAUGAAUUUGUCCCUGCGUAUCUACUCAAGCAAAUGGCAUGUGUAUGCUGGACUUGCUAUUCUUAAUCCUUAUGCCAGAAAGCAAAUAAAACAGUAUGCUGCUUCGGUGACGGAUCUAUACAAGUUGGCCGUUACCGGUCGUAAUGAAGAGUUUGAACGCCGUGUUCGUGCUGCUGGCAUUGCUGUUUUUGGUGAACAUCGAGACCACAACUACAGUGGCUUACUGUUAAGUGACGAUCUUCUUGAUCAAUACAGCAUUUCUAAUGUACCAAAUGACAAGACGGUACCCAACAGUCAUCUCAGUAUUUUGGCAAUUGUAGACUCGUGGGCCAAGCUUGGCAUCAAACCCCAAAAACAAAUGAUUUGUUCCACUCCUCUGUUUCGCUUGUGGGUUGGCGUCGCUGAGUACAUUUUCCGCCAACCUGAAAUGCUUGACCGUGCUAUCAAAGUGAUGCUUCGUCAGAGCGAUUUUUGCAGUGACGACUUGGAAUUUGUCAUUGCAGCACGCUCUUGGAGCGAUUGUGUUGAAAACGGUGAUUUUGAUACCUACAAGAAGAGAUUCCUUAAGACGAAGGAGUACUUCCGCCCGCGUUUUGAAGAAUCCCGAGUCGUUUGCAAUGCUAUGAUAUCCAAACUAAUGGAAAACUUACACAAGUAAAUUGUGUGCUUCCUAAAAAUUAACAACUACUUUCCGUUUAUAUUAAGCUGUAAAUAAAAUGAUAACUUUAAGGUGUGGGAAGCAAUUGCAGCGCAAAUUU